GAUCUCGAACCAUUUGCGCGCCGAAGUUGUUUGGGAAUUUUGUCGUCUGGUUCUGGCAGCAUUACAAACACCAUGACUGCUUUCGAAGAAAUGGGAGUGAUGCCUGAAAUUGCACAGGCUGUGGAGGAGAUGGAUUGGAACUUACCAACUGAUGUGCAAGCUGAAGCUAUCCCUAUGAUUCUUGGUGGUGGGGAUGUCCUAAUGGCAGCAGAAACAGGCAGUGGAAAAACAGGUGCUUUCUGUCUGCCCAUUCUGCAAAUUGUGUAUGAGACUCUUCUUGAUCAGCGUGAAGGCAAAGGAGGAGGAGGAGGAAAGCGAACUGGACAAACUGGCAGUCACAAAUGGAAGAUGAAUGCACAUGACCGUGGUGAUGCCCUUGCAAUUGAUCCAGAGGGGACACUCUGUCAGGCUCGUGAUUCCCAAAAUUGGCAUGGCACUCGAUCCAACAAGGCUGUAGUAGGAGGAGGUAAAUGGUACUUCGAAGGAACAGUGACAGAUGAAGGUCUCUGCCGUGUGGGCUGGUCGACUGACCAGGCACGACUUGAUCUUGGUACAGACAAAUUUGGCUUUGGUUUUGGAGGAACUGGCAAAAAAUCUUGGAACAAACAGUUUGACACCUAUGGUGAGCCCUUUGGAAUGAAUGACACUAUUGGAUGUUAUUUAGAUCUGGACAAAGGAGAAAUCUUCUGGUUCAAAAAUGGAAUAGACCUUGGCAAAGCCUAUGACAUUCCUGCCAAUCUGAAAUCUGAGCCAUUCUAUGCUGCUGUUGUGCUAAAGAAUGCCGAAAUGCAUUUUAAUUUUGGAGAAAGUCCUUUCAAGUUUCCUCCAAAAAAUGGCUUUGUUGGUCUGGCUAGUGCAUCAGGCAAGAAUGUCAUUGACUCCAAGGUAGUAGCGGAAGGACCAGUAAAUGCCAAACCUGCACCAAAUGCACCCCAGGCAAUCAUUAUUGAGCCAUCCAGAGAACUGGCGGAACAGACGUGUGUGCAGCUGCAAAAAUUUAAGAAGCACCUGAAAAACCCGACGGUCAGAGACUUGCUAAUUAUUGGAGGUGUAGCAGCACGAGAGCAAGUAGAUGCUCUAGAAAAGGGGGUGGACAUUGUGGUGGGCACGCCCGGUCGUCUAGAAGACCUUAUCUCCACGGGCAAGCUGGCGCUACAUCAAGUGCGGUUCUUUGUGCUGGACGAAUGUGAUGGAUUGCUGUCUCAAGGCUACGGCGACCUGAUCAACCGACUUCAUCAGCAGAUCCCCAAGGUCACCAACGACGGAAAGCGGCUUCAGAUGAUUGUUUGCUCGGCCACGCUUCAUUCCUUCGACGUCAAGAAAAUGGCGGAGCGGCUGAUGUAUUUUCCUACCUGGAUUGACCUGAAAGGUCAGGACUCAGUACCGGAGACUGUACAUCAUUGCGUUUGCAUGGUCGAUCCCAAGGUGGACACUCAGUGGAAGACUCUGCGACAACACAUUGUCACCGAUGGCGUUCAUCAGAAGGACAAAAUCGGAGGCGAUACACCAGAAACGUAUUCUGAGGCUGUGAAAAUUCUCAAGGGAGAAUACGUCAUCCGCGCCAUUGAGAAGCACAACAUGGAUGUGGCCCUCAUCUUCUGCCGCACCAAGCUGGACUGUGACAACCUGGAGAAAUACCUCAAUGAGCGAGGCAAAGGGAAGUACUCCUGCGUUUGCUUACAUAGCGAUCGUGCUCCCAAUGAGCGGAAGGCAAACCUACAGAAAUUCAAGGAUCGCAAAGUUCGCUUUAUGAUCUGCACCGACGUGGCUGCCCGUGGAAUCGACGUCAACGGCCUUCCCUUCGUGAUUAACGUGACCCUUCCCGACGAGAAACAGAACUACAUCCAUCGUAUCGGUCGUGUGGGGCGAGCCGAGAGGAUGGGUCUAGCAAUAAGUCUUGUAGCUGCGAACAAAGAAAAGGUGUGGUAUCACUCCAACUGCAGCAGCAAAGGUAAAGGCUGCUACAACACGCGUCUGACUGACGAAGGGGGCUGCUGCAUCUGGUACGACGAGCCCACGCUUCUUAACGACAUCGAAGAGCAUCUGGAUAUCACCAUUGACCGCGUCGGCAACGACUUUGAUGUACCUGUCAACGAAUUUGAUGGCAAAGUGACGUAUGGUCAGAAGCGUAAAGGAGGAGGCUCAUUGUACAAGGGACACGUGGAGUUUCUGGCACCAACAGUGUCCGAGCUGGCACAGCUGGAGAAAGCGGCCCAAACUUCGUUCAUCGACCUGAAGUACAAGAAGAAGUUCGCGCGUCGCCAGUAAUUUGCGUCUUACCUUCGACUACAAACAUGGCUGCCAACGGUCUGAUAAACGCCAUUCGAUCUUGGGAAAAAACGUAGUUUUAAUGAUUUCUUUUGCUUUAAGGUUCGCAGUGUUCUUAUGUUCUACUAAGCCGAUCAAGUCUGUUUUGGUGAAGCUAAUCAGUAAAGGCCGUUUUUUGACAAUUGAAAUAGGUAGGAGCUCAUCUUGACAUUCAAGAUGAUACAUGUACCGUCAGAAGGAACUAUCGUGGACUUGAUUAGUUUAGUGUUUAGUGGAGGAUGAGAUUUUUGUCCUUCUCUUAUCCACCUACUGGUUCUUGCAAGUGCCGAUGCUAGCUGCCUUCUUCUAGAGCCUUGACCAUAGAUGAAUAUAUACAUUACAUUCUUACUAUUCUAUUUCAGUACUAAUUUCUUUAAAAUUUCAUUUCCGACAUAAGUUCGUGACAUGUUGUUUUUCUUUUUGAAAUAUUCCAUACUCCCUCGCAGCACAGAAUACUGAAAACAUGCGAGUUCCACAGAAAGUAUAUGGGAGUCCUAUCCUUCACCAGGAGACCCAUGUGUUUUCAGCAUACUGUACUACUAAGGCUUCUGGUUUGUUUUAAUCUUAUUCACUUUAUUCUUUGUAUUGAAAAAUUUGACUUCAACAUUAAAAUCAUCUAUGGAAUUUUUACUGCCUGUUAUUUCUUUUUUUAACUGUGUGACUAAGUAAAAGACUGGCUUUAGAAACUGAAGGAUUUUUUUUUUUAAAUCGUUUAAUCUUUCACUUUGAGUAUAGAUCAGUCAGUAUGGCCCUCUAAGCAUGAAAUUGUUUCUAAAAUUCGGUUUUCGUGAAUAGUUAUUGCUCUUUUGAGAUCCUUUGCUCCUUAUUGGUUAUAAAGGAGAUCUUCCGGGGAUAACAAAAAAAAAAAAAAAAAUGAUAAAGAAUUACUGAUAGAUGGAAUUUGAGUUUGCAAUUAUUAACGAGAGAACUUCUUAGAGAAUGAAAACACGAUGGAGAGUUUUAUUACUAACUUAACAUGAUAGGUGUUACUUAGAUUAUGUGAUUUACCACAGUCAACAUUGUUAUUUGAGUGCAGUUUAUUUCAUUUAUGAAACAUGAGCUAUGAUGUAUCAUUA